AUGUCUGUGCAGAGAAGCUCUGCGGAGGAGGCGACACCGGCUCACACCAGCAGCUUACCGACACACGAAGCACAGCCGGACACCAGCAGGAUGAGGCCUCGCUGUCUCCUGUCGUGUGUGGACCGUCUCCCGACCAUCAACGAGAGCCAGGAGCUGGACCUGCAGGAGGUUCCCCCCGGCCGCAGCAUGGUGGAAUACAUGGACUCCAUCAGAGAACUGUCCCAGCCGCCCCAGCCCUGCUACCCCCUCCACGGCCCGCUCCGAGGCCACAGCCGCUGGGCAACGAGAGCCACGGCCUCCGCCUCCUCCUCCUGCCCCCGGGCGUGCGCGGCCAGGACGCCCAUAGAGCUGUCCGACGUGUUCAUCUCAGUCACCGAGAGAUAUCUGCAUCACAACGUUGUCAUGGAUACCGAGUCUGUCUUUGCCGGACUCUAG